UGGUGAACAACAGAUGGCUAUAGAUCAUAUCAAUUUAGCUAUGCCAUGCAAGUUGUAAUUUAGCAUUGAAGGGUUCGAAUGUCAUGCAGGCAGUAUAAAAGAAGUUUGCAAGGCAAAAAAUAAUUGCCAUUGACGAAAGAAAUCUUCACAUCAAUAAAUCUUCAUUCAAGAAUUUUAACCAUGGAGUGGAAAGCAGUGGUGAUAGUCGUUGCUGGUGUCAUGGCAACUGCAACUGGUACUCCAAUCAGUGAUUGCUCCGCUCGUUUUCAGCAAUCUCUUACGGAAGUGCUACAGCUGAAGAAAACAUGUGCCACAGCUAUGUACAAGGACUGUUGCCAGAUAGCACAAAUGUCCAAAACAUUUGAUCACAACCUGGAGUCUGGGAUCUAUGACAUCAACGAUGUCUGCCAUACAACUACGCCAUUUGGCCUGAACUUCUCCCCAGUGCAAGCACGCUGUAACAUGGAGAGUGGUGAUGGUGGAUGGACCGUUCUCGUUCGAAGGACACCAGAUGUUGCUGAGCGAUUGUCUUUCGACAGGAAUUGGGUGGAAUACGAACAAGGAUUUGGGAACCUGAGUGGCGAGUUCUGGUAUGGACUAAAGAACAUGCACUGUCUUACAAAUCCAGAGCCAAUGGAGGUCGAAGUUGAAGUCAGAAAAACUGAUGGCACAAAAUUGAUAUUAUCCUAUGGUCAAUUUCAAGUUGAAGGGCCCAGUACAAGUUACACACUGCAAGUUUCUGAUCAACAACACACUGGAUUCGACUUCCUUGGAUACUAUCACACUGGAAAGAAAUUUAUUGCAAAGGAUAGGACCAGCGGAAACACAUGUGCUGCACAAACAAAUGGAGGCUGGUGGUUCAGUGCCUGCUACAACAUUGAUCUAACUUUAGACAGUUUUCCACAGCUCUUUCAAAGAAGCACUGGAGCUUACAUGCCAUUUGAUUAUGCUGAGUUGAGGGUGCGUGCUAAGUCAUGUACAGCAAAGGCAGCUCCACCAACAUGCGAGUAACUUAAUUGUGCUCUCAUUGUGAAAACUGUGAACAGACAGAAAACUAAAAUUUUAGCUGAUUUAUAUAGUUAGAGUCAUAGGUGUGCUUAGCAUUUAGUGCAGUCCUUUGAUUUCAAAAAUGGUGUGGA